AGCUCCGUUCCAUUCCUGCCCCCACCCCCCCACCCCCAGCCACUGCACGUCAGGGCUGGACUCCAGCCACUGUGGACGACUGCUUCGCUCCUGCAGGCCUGACCUAUUGGACAUAACCUCACCUUUGCCUGCAAGGUGCAGUCAGUCGGGGCCCACCAAGCUCUGUUGUGCGUCUCAGCGUGGGGGUCCUACCAGCUCUGGGAGCCAGUGCCGACCUCUGCCCCCGCAGAUGAGAAGACUGAUACUCAGAGGACCAUGUCUGGGGAACCCCCACCAAACAUCAACAUCAAAGAGCCUCGAUGGGACCAGAGCACUUUUGCGGGACGAGCCAGCCAUUUCUUCACCGUGACGGACCCCAGGAAUAUCCUGCUCACCAACGAACAACUAGAGAAUGCCCGAAAAAUCGUGCACGAUUACAGACGAGGGAUCAUUCCUCCAGGCCUCACAGAAAACGAACUGUGGAGAGCAAAGUACAUCUACGACUCAGCUUUUCAUCCCGACACUGGAGAAAAGAUGGUCUUGAUAGGACGAAUGUCGGCUCAGGUCCCCAUGAACAUGACCAUCACAGGCUGUAUGAUGACGUUUUAUAGGACCACGCCGGCGGUGCUGUUCUGGCAGUGGGUGAACCAGUCCUUCAACGCCGUGGUCAAUUACACCAACAGGAGCGGGGACGCGCCGCUCACUGUCAACGAACUGGGGACGGCCUACGUGUCUGCGACAACGGGCGCCGUGGUGACCGCGCUAGGACUCAACGCGCUGACCAAGCACGUGUCGCCGCUCAUCGGACGGUUCGUGCCCUUCGCUGCGGUAGCCGCCGCGAACUGCAUCAACAUCCCGCUCAUGAGGCAAAGGGAACUCAAGGUCGGCAUUCCCAUCACAGACGAACAGGGGACCCGCCUGGGUGAGUCGGCGCACGCAGCAAAACAAGCCAUCACUCAGGUGGUCAUCUCCAGGAUCCUGAUGGCGGCCCCCGGCAUGGCCAUCCCGCCGUUCAUCAUGAACACCCUGGAGAAGAAAGCCUUCCUGAAGAGGUUCCCAUGGAUGAGUGCGCCCAUUCAGGUUGGGCUGGUUGGCUUCUGUUUGGUAUUUGCUACGCCUCUGUGCUGUGCUCUCUUUCCUCAAAAAAGUUCCAUGUCUGUGACAAGCUUGGAGGCUGAGCUGCAGGCCCAGAUCCGGGAGACUCGCCCUGAGUUACGACGCGUGUACUUCAACAAGGGACUGUGAAGUGGGGAGCGACACCCCCACCACAGCCCCGCCAGCCUCAGACCUCGCGUGGCCUUGGUGAGGAAGUCUUGUGCCGCCUCGGUCCUCCCAGCCACACGUGCCUCCUGAAGACCCGCGGAAGCCUCUAGAGUCAGGCCCGACAGCACAGCACCUGGGCUGGCCAGGCGCCCCGCACCUGCUGGCCCCUGAACCACGGGAUGAUUGAGAGGAAGGGCCUUCUUGGGGCUUUUAUGGCCACUGCUUCCUCAAAGACGAUGUCCCAGCCCUCACCUAGAUUUUUUAAAAGUACUGCUGUGCAUAGAGUAGAUGUUCAGAAUAUGCUCAAGAAAUGGAUUAUUGGUCAGUGAAAAGGAAGUCCAGGUAAUACAUUGAAUUUUUACCGUCCUUCUGUUUUAAAUCAAGGUCAUUCGGGUAGUCAUUUUGGAAAAAUACAAAAGCUCUGAUGCUAAACAAUAAAAAAUGACUCGUAAGGACAAUUUUCCUCUGGCUUGGCCAGCGGGCAACCCAAAGUCCAUGGUGAGUUCUGGGGGUUUGAAGGAUAAAACCCCCUCCACAUACCUCCUGAAAGUCCUGGGAGCAGACAUGUGUGACGAGCUGUCCCUGCUGUCAUCGAUUGUAUAUGGCCAUUGCUGAUGGAUUUCUUUGAUUUUAAAUUUAUCCUGUUUUACAUUCUUAUCAAAAUGUUAUACUUGUUGACUUGAUAUUUAAUUACUACAACAAACGGGAAUAACUGAAAUGUACAAACAUAAAGUUUAGGAAGUAUACUCAGUGAUUGGUGGAAGCUUACUCAGUGGUUGGUGGAAGCAUACUCAGUGAUUGAUGGAAGUACACUCAAUGAUUGGUGGCAGGAUACUCAGUGAUUGGUGGAAGUGUACUCUGAUUGGUGGAAGGAUACUCAGUGAUUGGUGGAAGCUUACUCCGUGGUUGAUGGAAGUACACUCAGUGAUUGGUGGAAGGAUACUCAGUGAUUGGUGGAAGUGUACUCUGAUUGGUGGAAGGAUACUCAGUGAUUGGUGGAAGCUCAUUCGGUGGUUGGUGGAAGCAUACUCAGUGAUUGGUGGAAGCAUACUCAAUGAUUGGUGGAAGUGUACUCAGUGAUUGGUGGAAGCUUACUCAGUGAUUGGUGGAAGUGUACUCAGUGAUUGGUGGAAGCAUACUCAAUGAUUGGUGGAAGUGUACUCAGUGAUUGGUGGAAGCUUACUCAGUGAUUGGUGGAAGUGUACUCAGUGAUUGGUGGGAGGAUACUCAGUGCCACGUGACUGGGCUGAUGCUCCUUCCUCUGAUCAUUUUUAGAAGUGACAGCACAGUUCCAGUCCCAAAAGUCCUUUUUUGCCAUCCUUCUGGAUCUCUCUGGCCUUCAGAACAGUACAGAAAUAAUAUGUCUGUAAAUCAGUGACUAAGCGAAUUCUACUUGAAUGAUGUGUCUUGCGUCCCACCCUGUUUAGAAAUAAAGAGUCCGUGGACCACUGCUUACAUCAUCUGGGUAGUUGCAUAUUUAAUAUACUUUAGGUAACAGAGGUUAUGCUUCAGGUGUGAGGGUGUUCAAAGGCGUAGGCCAGAGGUAUCACUGCGCGUGGACUACCAUUCAAUCCUACCACAAUUCAGAGAUGGGGACUGAAAAACAGCGUGGGCACCUGUCUUGGCGGACUCCCCCCGACAGCAGGACCGGACCGAAUUUCCCCGUGAAGAGAAGAUGGCGUGCCUUGUGUCUGUGCUUCUUCUCUGAAGGGAGGGAAGGGUCUGAAGCCUGGGCUGCUCCCAGCCUUCCUUCGUGCCCCCAGAACGCUCCCCUUGCCAACCAGGAGCAGUUCCACACUCUGGCCUUGGGCGCUUCUCUUCAAAAAGGGGGGAAAGCCUGAAACUCCAGGCAGGUCUCCAUGAGGUGCUUCAGGGGUGCUUUUCCCAAGAAGCCAGAGCACCGGAGGCCCAGCCCCUUCGCCCCAGUGGAUUGAAUUCUCUCCCCAGGGUCACUGGUGGCUCCAUUCCAGGGUCUUCUCUCUGGCCGACGAACUGAAAGGCUGACACCCUGGGGACCGUGUGGCCAAAGCAUUGUUAUCAAAGGAAUAACAAACCUGGAGCUGGGUCUUUCUAAACAUUACUUGGGGAAGUUUCCAGCUCUUGAUGCUUUUACAUAGAGAUGUUUACUGUCUCGUUUAAUCGUGGCUUUAGAAAAAGGAACAAAGGAACCAGAACUGGUGAUCUUUGCUGAGCUCUGAGAAAUGCCUGUUCUGGAGAAAAGUUCAUGUGAAGUUCGGUGAGCUUGGAAGGACCCACGGUCACUCGCGGCGCCGUCACAGGGGCCGGGGGAGCGCGGCUGUGGUGCCUGCCGACCCGCAGGUGUUACUGCAGGGUCAGCACGAUGUCUUGCCUGGGCUGGAACCCGAGUAUCGUUUCAGUGCCCCUGGAUGAGCGCUCAAUAAACUCAGAAUGAAAAUAAA